ACACAAACAGAAACACCUGUACACGCACAGAGACAUGUACACACACGCACAGAGACAUGUACACACACAUACAUACAGACACGUAUACACACACAGGCACGCAGACACAUGUACAUACACACAGACACAUGUACAUACAUACACACAUACAUGAACACACACACAGACAGACACAUGUACAUACACACAGACACAUACAUACAUGCAUACACAUGUACAUGUACACACACACCCAUAAAAAAGUUGCAGUACUUCAUUGUUCACUCACAGAUCCGAGUACUGCACUCUAGGGGGAGGCAGAGAGCACAGCACACACUCCUUGCUUUGCUUUCACUGCGCUCAGCUAUUGAGUAGUCUGACAGCUCCCAGUGCCAAUGACAGAUCUAGCCUGAGCUCCGAGCCUGCUCAGCAAGACGGCCCUGGGGGACACACUCACCCCCACCAUAAUUUACACUCGCCAUUGGCAAGCAGGCGAGUAGAAAUUUCAAGCCCUGAUCUAGGGU